UGGCGGGCGGAGCCUCUGGCCGCCUAGCAGCGUACCCGCCUCAGUCGCCGCCGCCAGUGCCGAGACCCCGACGAGGCGGGUCAGCGGAUGGCCGCGCGCGUGGGCAGGCGGGGGCGCUGACGAGGACCGGAGAGGGGUGGCCGCGCCGGCGUGGGCGGCUGGCCGGAGCGGAGGCGCCCGGAGGCGGCGGCGGGUCGCGGGGGGCGGCCGUCCUGGCUCAGCAUUAUGGAUCCAAGCCUGUUGAGAGAAAGGGAGCUGUUCAAAAAACGAGCUCUUUCCACUCCUGUGGUAGAGAAACGUUCAGUAACUUCUGAAUCUUCAUCAUCAUCAUCGAAGAAGAAGAAAGCAAAGCUAGAACAUGGAGGGUCAUCAGGCUCUAAACAAAAUUCUGAUCAUAGCAAUGGAUCAUUUAACUUGAAAGCUCUAUCAGGAAGCUCUGGAUAUAAAUUUGGAGUUCUUGCUAAGAUUGUGAAUUACAUGAAGACACGGCAUCAGCGAGGAGAUACACAUCCUCUAACUUUAGAAGAAAUUUUGGAUGAAACACAGCAUUUAGAUAUUGGGCUCAAGCAGAAACAGUGGUUAAUGACUGAGGCAUUGGUCAACAAUCCCAAAAUUGAAGUAAUAGAUGGAAAGUAUGCUUUCAAGCCCAAGUACAACUUGAAAGAUAAGAAGGCCCUCCUUAGGCUACUAGAUAAGCAUGACCAGCGAGGCUUAGGAGGAAUUCUUUUAGAAGACAUAGAAGAAGGCCUGCCCAAUUCCCAGAAAGCUGUCAAGGCUUUAGGGGACCAGAUACUGUUUGUAAAUCGUCCUGAUAAGAAGAAAAUUCUUUUCUUCAAUGAUAAGAGCUGUCAAUUUUCCGUGGAUGAAGAAUUCCAGAAACUUUGGAGAAGUGUCACUGUGGAUUCAAUGGAUGAGGAGAAAAUUGAAGAGUAUCUGAAGCGACAGGGUAUUUCUUCCAUGCAGGAAUCUGGACCAAAGAAAGUGGCCCCUAUUCAGAGAAGGAAAAAGCCUGCUUCACAGAAAAAGCGGCGAUUUAAGACGCACAACGAACACUUGGCUGGAGUGCUGAAGGACUACUCAGACAUUACUCCCGGCAAAUAGCGAACGGUUUUGUCCUUGAGCAGAGAGUUACAGAUACAAAAUCAAGAUCUUUCUCAUUGAUCCUUGGAAUCUGAAGACUGACCAUCUUUCCAUUUUACUUCUUAGGACUGAGGAGAGGAGCAGAUCAGCUUACAGAACAAGUGCAGAUUACCACACUCAAAGCUUAUUGUGAUUGAAUAGGCUGACGAGAAGUGUGACUUUGCGUGAUGUGCACUGUUACCCUUCUGUUAUUUCUCGGGGGGAAGGCGCUUUGCACAGCAUGCAGGUGUCUGAUAUUUAACUCUGCUUCUGAGUGGUUCCAUUUUCCCUCUUUUAUUACUUUAGAGCAGUUUGCAGAUAGUCUUGAAUGCGAUAUUUGUUUAUUCCAAGAGAACAUAUUUAUAAUAAAGUCAUUGUAGAAGGA